AUGCGGCUACCCCUGCUCGUGUCCGUGGGCGUCCUGCUGAUGGCUGUGCUGCCCUGCCCUCCAUGCAGGGCCUUCCUCAGCCGAGGACCCUCCCCAGGCGCCAGGCAGAUUCCACAGCAGCCCCAGCCCCUGGAUUUCUUCCAGCCGCGGCCGCAGCCCGAGCAGCCCCAGCAGUCGCAGCCUCGGCCGGUCCUGCUCCGCAUGGGAGAAGAAUACUUCCUCCGCCUGGGUAACCUCAACAAGAACCCCGCUGCUCCCCUCUCCCCCUCCUCCUCGCCCCUCGCUGGCGGCAGCCGCCCCUCUCCGGACGAGGCGGCCGCCAACUUUUUCCGCGCGUUGCUGCAGCAGCUGCAGCUGCCCCGGCGCUCCUUCGACAGCUCUGCGCGUCCUGCGGAGCGCGGCGCCGAGAGCGCCAUCGGCGUCCACCAGGAGGCAACCGAGAGGAAGAGACGGUCGGAGGAGCCUCCUAUCUCACUGGAUCUCACCUUCCACCUUCUCCGGGAAGUCUUGGAAAUGGCCAGGGCCGAACAGUUAGCGCAGCAAGCUCACAGCAACAGGAAACUGAUGGAGAUUAUUGGGAAAUGA